AUGAUAAAAUAUCUUGUUGAGAAGGGAGCUGAUGUAAAAGGUAAGCAAGAUAUAGUGAAAUACCUUGUUGAAAACGGAGCUGAUGUAAAUAGCACGGAUAUUGACGAGAGGUCAGUUCUACACAGCGCUGUUACUGAAAGUAAGCUAGAUGUGGUAAAAUACCUUGUUGAACAUGGGGCUGAUGUAAAUGGCAAGGAUACUGAUGGGGACACAGUGCUGCAUUUUGCAGUUAGUGAAGGUAAGCCAGAUAUAGUGAAAUACCUUGUUGAAAACGGGGCUGAUGUAAAUAGCACGGAUUUUGACGAGAGGUCAGUUCUACACAGCGCUGUUACUGAAAGCGCUGCUGUGAAUGCCAUUAACAGGAAAAAUACUAACGGGUCGACAGUGCUGCACAGUGCUGUUGCUAAAGGUAAGCUUGAAAUAGUGAAAUAUCUUGUUGAAAACGGCGCUGAUGUAAAUAGACCGGAUAUUGACGGGUUGACAGUUCUACACACAGCUGUUAGUAAAGGUACGCUGGGUAUAGUGAAAUAUCUUGUUGAAAAAGGCGCAGCUGUGAAUGCCAUUAACAGCAAAAAUGCUGACGGGUCGACAGUGCUGCACAGUGCUGUUGCUAAAGGUAAGCCAGAAAUAGUGAAAUAUCUUGUUGAAAACGGCGCUGAUGUAAAUAGCACGGAUAUUGACGGAAAGACAGUUCUACACAAUGCUGUUACUGGAAGUAAGCUUGAUAUGAAUACAUACGGUAGGACAGUGUUGCACUACGCUGUUACUGAAAGUACGAUAGAUAUAGUAAAAUACCUGGUUGAGAAUGGCGCUGAUGUAAUUGGUAAGACGACGAACGGACGAACAGUGCUGCACAGCGCCGUUACGAAAGGUACGCUAAAGGUGGUAAAAUAUCUCGUUGAAAAUGGCGCUGAUAUAAAUGGUAAGAAUUCUGACAAAUGGACAGUCCUGCACAGUGCUGUUAAUAAAGGUACACUAGAUAUGGUAAAAUACCUCGUUCAGAAUGGCGCUGAUGUAAAUGGAAAGAAUACUGACGGGUGGACAGUCCUCCACACUGCUGUUACUAAAGGUAGCCUGGAUAUCACAAAGCACCUCGUGAAAAAUGGCGCUGAUGUAAAUAGUAAAUAUACUGACGGUUGGACCGUCCUACACGCUGCUGUAGAUACUGGUGCAUUAGAAAUUAUUAAAUAUUUAGUUGAACAGGGUGCUGACAUAACUCCUAAAGGUAACAUCAGCGCUCAUACUCUUGGCACUGACAUCAUUAGGAUGGCUGUUGCAAACAAUUCAGUUGCUUUGGUGGAUCUCAUCAGGCAAAAGAACAGGGUUGUUCCGAGAGCUGGAAAAUUUCUUGUCGAACGAAGCCAAAUGAAGCCAAUUCUUAUCGAAGAAUCUCAAAAUAGUCUCAAAAAGUCUUUAAAACAUGGUGAGAAGAUUGAGAUGUUGAAAAGAAUGAACUGCAACAUGUUAGAAAAGACUGAAAUACCGAUGCAGGCUUUUGUCGCAGAGAGUCAAUUCAAAAUUGGCGAUGGUGGUUCUUCUUGUGUCUAUGUUGGUCUCAUGAAAGAUGGAAGCGAAGUUGCUGUUAAGAGAAUUUUGGUGCAAAGUGACGACAAAACAGCUGAAAACGAAAAAGAAAUCAUGAGUCUUAUUGAAACGAACAGCUGUCCAUUUAUAGUGAGCUAUCGUCAUUUUCACCGUGAUCAUGACGAUGUGCUCAUGUAUCUCAUUGUUGAUCUUUGCGAGGAAGACUUGAGGGAACUUGUUGAUGCAUCCAGUAUUGAACAUCUACAAGAGCAUGGUCCACAAAUGAUUAGGGAAAUUCUAUCUGGACUUGAAUUUCUUCAUGGUAAAGGAAUAUUACACAGAGAUCUUAAACCAUCAAACGUCCUGGUUGAUAUCGAAGGUCGCAUGAAAUUGGCAGAUUUUGGAAUAAGCCGCGUUCUAAAUGACGAACAAACGACAGUUGUGACAUUCGCCAAAGGUACUCCUGGAUGGAUGCCAUCGGAAGUAACUCAAGCCAUUGAGAAAAAUGAGAAGUGUCGUUUCAAAAAGAAAUCAGAUGUCCAGGUCGCGGGUAUGAUUGCUUUCUACGUCCUAACUAAAGGUGAACACCCUUUUGGUUCUAGGCUUGAUCGAAUGAGAAAUAUUUCGAAAGGGAACUCUAUUGGCUUGAAUACACUUGGUGAUCGCAAAGCUCAAAAUUUUGUGUCGUGGCUGAUCAAUCAUAAAAUUGAUGAGAGACCUUAUGCUGACGAAGCGUUGAGGCAUCCUUUCGUUGAUGAACAUUGA